AUGGAUUCUGCUAUGAAAAAACUGUUACAUGCCCAGCAACUGAUGAGAUGGAGAAGACGGGCGAAAGAGUUAGAAAGAAUUAUUUACAACAAUAAACACAGAGAAUUAGCGCUCAGAAAAAGAAAUGCGAGAAUAUUAGAGAGAACGCAGAGAGCCCAAGUCCAACAAGAACAACAAAGGACUGUGUCGGAUGAAGAACCGCACUCAUCAGCCCAUUCACCACCCCAUAAGCCAAAGGCCAUUUCCCAAUAUUAUCAAUGUAAUCCUAACGAUUACAUACGCCUGAACAUACGCCAUCCUUCUCUGGAUUCCGACAUUUGGUACGAGUUUACGCAAUGUGAACAUUUAAACGAGGACGUCAUUUUAGACAAAAUAGAAGCCGUGCAACAAUCCAAGAAGGAUUUUAAACUGGGAGACGGGGCCAUGGAAUUCGACAUGUUUCGGGUCAAGUAUCCGGAAGGGAGUGGUGGAGACAAAACCAAACAUCUGAUGGUCAACAAGGAGAGUUUUAAGAAGGAAAAAAGAAGUAUCGUUCAGAUCGACAAUCCCUGGGAUCAGUUUUGUUUAGCUAGGGCCAUCGUAGUCACCCGGUUAUACAGUGAAAAACCUGAACAUCCAGACCCCGAAUGGGAAAAACGAUGGAAACGCAUGAGGUUAGGAGAUGUAAGAGCUAAUGACCAGAAAAACGAAGCCCUAGCCCUCAUGGAACAAGCCGGGUGUGAUAUCCAUCGGCCUUGUGGACCCGAAGAAUGGGGGAAAUUACAACAGGCGUUAACCCCUCGCUAUCGAUUGAAAAUAUUCCAGUUCAAGUCCACCUCCUAUAAACUCACCUUAGAACUCGUUUACAAAGGCUGCGGAGAGGGAACUUGUUUGAAUGUCCUGUUAAACGACCAUCAUUACGAUGCCAUCAUAUCUAUGCCUGGUGUGACGGGCAAUCAAUACUACUGUGAUCAUUGCGACGUGGGCUACAGGAAAAUCACAGACCAUCGUACCCAGUGUCCUCACCGAUGUUCCUUUUGUUUAACCGACACGCCCUGCCCUCCAGACGGGAGCCGCAUUCAAUGUAGCCAGUGCCAGGGAUUUUUUCAGAGCAGAACUUGCUACGAAAACCAUUUACAGCCUCACAGUAAGAAUACGGCCACCACAGUAUGCAGUUUAAUGGGACGAUGUGAGCACUGUCACAAAUGGAUGUCUAAAAAUUUACUCCCUCAUCAUCAUUGCGGAGGACAGAAACAGUGUAAGAUCUGUAAGAAAACCGUAGACACGGAUCAUCAGUGCUACGUUCAACUCAAGCCCGAGAAAAAGAAGAAGAAAGGCAAAGAGACCUUACAGUUCUACAUCUAUUUCGAUUUCGAAUGCACGCAGGAAACCGGCAUCCACGUCCCUAACCUGUGUGUGGCACACCGCGUAUGUCAACAUUGCGGUCACUUACCCAUAGAAGAUCCCUGUCCUCACUGUCGACACAUGGGACCCCGUCAACACGUGUUCCGAGGGCCAGAGACCUUAAGGCAGUUCAUGGACUGGUUAUUACAACCCACUACAGGAAAUAAGAAUUCCGCCUUAUUACACGACGAGGCCAUCAUCAUCGCCCACAAUUUCAAAGGAUACGACGGACAGUUCAUUUUAAAUUACCUGGUUCAUUCCGCCUGCCUGAAACCUACCGUCAUCAUGAACGGCAGUAAAAUCUUAUCCAUGCAAAUCUGCGGACUGAAAUUCAUCGACUCUUAUAAUUUUUUACCUUUUGCCCUGUCCAAGAUGCCCUCUGCUUUCGGAUUCACCGAACUGAAGAAAGGAUAUUUUCCACACUUUUUUAAUACGGAACACAACCAGAAUUACGUGGGGCCUUAUCCACCGGCAGCUUACUACAAUCCGGACGACAUGUCUAUAAGUGGACGACAGGCUUUUUACCGAUGGUACGAACAACAAGCCGGAAAAGUGUUUGACUUCAAGAAGGAAUUUUUAGAGUACUGUGUCUCGGACGUCGAUAUUUUACGACGAUGCUGUGCUCAGUUUAGAGCCACCCUCAAGAGCUUGGUCCAUGUAGACCCCUUCCAGGAAUCCAUCACUUUUGCCAGUGCGGCCAAUUUAGCUUACCGUCGAGGAUUCAUGCCCAAAGAGACCAUUGCCAUCAUUCCCAACCUGGGGUAUCAGCCUGCGCGUCGAUAUUCCGCCAAAGCCUGUCGGUGGUUAAGCUGGAUGAGUCACCAGAGCGGACACAACAUACGGCAUGCUAGAAACGGGGGAGAAGUCAAGAUCGGAAGUUAUACCGUCGACGGAUACCAGGAAGCCACUCGCACCGUCUACGAAUUUUACGGAUGCUAUUGGCACGGAUGCCCCACCUGCUAUCCGAAUUUACAGACCGAAAGUCAUCCUCACCGGACCCAAUUUACCUAUGAACAAUUACACGAGGAAACUUUAAGACGGAGUUCUGUUUUAGAGGAAAUGGGGUACUCCCUCCGUAGCAUCUGGGAGCACGAAUUCGAUCAACAGGUACAAAGAGAGGUAACUCUACAGAAUUAUGUACGAGACCUGGACAUUCCAGAUCCUUUGAACCCCCGAGACGCCCUGUACGGAGGUCGGACUAAUGCCACUAAAUUAUAUUGUGAGGAGGGGGACAUGAGAUACGUGGACGUCUGUUCCUUAUACCCUUACGUAUUAAAACACAGACCUUUCCCCCUAGGCCAUCCUCAGAUCAUAACAGACCAAUUCCAGGACGUGAGAACUUAUUUCGGCCUCAUUCACUGUCGGGUCCUACCACCCCAAGGCCUCUAUCACCCCGUUUUACCUUAUCGCACGGGAGGCAAGUUAUUGUUUCCCUUAUGUCGAACGUGUGCGGAACGACAGGACUCUACCUCUAAACAUCGAUGUCAACACGCAGACCAGGAACGCAGUCUUACGGGUACCUGGGUGACUACAGAAUUACAUAAAGCCCUGGACAUGGGAUAUACCUUAGAGCGGAUUUACGAAGUUUGGCAUUUUUCAGAAAGCAGUCGAGAUUUAUUCAGAUCUUACAUCGAUACCUUCUUAAAGAUCAAACAGGAAGCUUCUGGAUUCCCACCUGAUUGUCAGACGGAGGAACAGAAACUAGAUUACAUUCGUAAAGUCUUAGACAGAGAAGGGAUCAGGAUGGACCUGUUAACUGAGUAUCAAGAGAAACAGGAAUUCGUGGAAGAGUGUCCCUUCGGAAACGUAGUACUGGCCUGUUUCACUACCGCCCAUGCCCGAUUACACCUCUACGAGACUUUACAACCUUUGGGAGAUCGGGUCCUUUAUUUCGACACGGACAGUAUCAUAUACCAACAUGAGGAGGGACAAUUUAAUCCUACCCUUGGCAACAGUUUAGGAGAAUGGACAGACGAAUUAGACGGGGACCACAUUAUCAAAUUCAUGUCAGGAGGCCCCAAAAAUUAUGCUUACCUCACCGCCAAGGGAAAAUCCAUGUGUAAAGUCAAAGGAUUGACUCUCAAUUAUCGGGCCUCUCAGAUCGUGUCACCAGAGACUUUAGAAAAAAUGCUCCAGAAAGAAAUUGACGAAAUCCAAGUCUCGUAUCCCUACAAAAUACAGAGGACUCGUCAACAUGAAGUCAAGACAAUACCUUUAGAAAAACAAUAUAGAAUUGUCUAUGAUAAGAGACAAUUGAUGGAAGAUUAUAACACUUUACCUUAUGGUUAUUAA